AUGGCAUUAAAUUCAGGGUCAAAACCGUUUCCUCAGUUUAUGCUUGCGUCUGCUUUUCAAAGCACGCCCCCUAUGACUUGGUGGAAGGCACUUACUUUAGAUUUAGAUGACAAAAAAGAUUUCGUUUUUGAUUGGACAAAUUUACAACCCACCUUUUUAGAAAUGUGUUCAAAGCUACUGACUGCAGUAGCAUCAUCUGCCGGAUUGGAACGAAUUUUUUCCACAUUUGGACUUGUACAGUCCAAACUAAGAAAUAGACUAGGAACUGACAAAGCUGCCAAAUUAACUUUUAUUUUUAAAUUUCUUAAUCAGGACUGUUCCAAGAAAGCCACCAAUUUGGACUGGUUAUACAAUCAGCAACAAAACCUUGAAGUUCCUGACAAACGACAAGGCGUAAAGAAACCGAGGGAAGAUAUUUUAAGAGAAAAAAGAGAGCGGGAGCGGGAAAGACGAAGAAAAAUACGGGAAGAUCCAGUUAAAAGGCAAGAACAAAAAGAGAAGGAGCGGCAAAAAUAUUUGAAACAGAAACAAAAUAAUCUUAAGAAAAGUGUUAAAGACAUGACCCCCAGGGAACAACGUCGAAUACGAAAGAAAUGGAAGGAAAAUUCAAAGAACUACCGUUUAAAAAAGAAGCAAACAGAAAUAGAAACGUCUUUAUUGGAAUUAAAUACCCCUCCUAUUUCUUCCGAUGAAGAAAACCAGCCGGCAAACGUGGACGUUUCUUUUCAGCGACAGAUUGGCAGAAAAAUAGCCAACAGAAACAAAAUCAAACGAUACAGGGAAAGGAAAGAAGCAGCGAUUAAGAUGCAGGAUUUGAAAAGGAAGGCUGAACUAUAUAAAAAGAAAUACUAUAGACUUCUACAAAAGAACAAACAACAAAGAAGUCAUGAGACUACUGAUUCAAACUUGACUCCACUAACAAAAGUAAACAUGUUAUUAAAUGCAUCCCAGAUUGAACCUUCAAAAGUUGAAGAAGUAAAGAAAAGUUUAAUAUUUGGUGAAGUAGUGCAGCAGCAGUUAGUAAAUACUUACCAAGAAUUAAAAAGCGAUCAAAAGAAACAAGUAUUUAAAAAAAUGUUGGAUGGCAAAGUAAUAGAAAAAUACAAAAUGCGAACAAAACUUUCUACAGUCAUGAAAUUUCGAAAAUCAUCAAAUUUCAACAAUAAAAAUAUAAUGAGUUUUGAGAGAAAAAAAGGCAAACAUAUUCAAAGAACUGACAUUAUUAAACUAAAAAUUAAAGACUUUUUAGAACUAGAGGACAAUAGUAGGGUAUGCCCUGGUAAAAAAGAAUUUGUAAAAAAAGAUAAGGUAACAAAACAAAAGCGUUUUCUUUCAAACACGUUGAAGAAUUUGUACCAAAAGUUUCUUCAUGCAUAUCCGAACUUCAAAAUAAGUUACAAAUUUUUUUGUCUUGCCCGACCUUUCUAUAUUAAGCCAAUGAGAGUUUCCGAUAGAGAGACUUGCAAAUGUAUUAUCCAUGCCAAUAUGGAAUUAAUAGUUCAAAGUCUGUACAUAAAUAAAAUUGUAUUUGGGAAAACUCCCAAUGAUGUAAUUAAAGAUAUAUGUUGUAGCACAUAUGCUGCAGACUGCCUUUUACGUAAAUGCAAUAAUUGUGAAAAUGCCAAACCUCAUUUUAAAGAGUACAUUGAAAGCGAACUUUUACAAUAUUUCCAGUGGAUUUACUUAAAGCAGAACUAUUUCGACAAGAAAACACAAACAGUUAAACAAACCAGAAAAGUCGCAAAGCAACCCAAAGAAGUCAAAGCAGCUGAGUUGGUAACUAUUUUCAUGAAAAAGCUGCCAGUAUUUUUGAGUCAUGAAGGCAGAAUUUUACAUCAGCAUCACUCUAUCUCCGUACUGAAGAAAGUGUUGAAAGCCAACGAAAUCAUAAUACAUUGUGAUUUCAGUGAAAAUUAUUCUUUGAAAUAUGCGGAAGAAAUACAGUCUUUUCAUUUUGGAAGUGCGAGACAACAAAUUACAUUGCACACUGUUGUAGUUUACUCCAAUGAUGGGUUAGACACUGUUACCAAAAGUUACUGUACUCUGUCAGAAUCACUACAUCAUGGACCGGCAGCUAUUUGGGCUCACCUCCAACCUAUCCUAAAAGAAUAUACACAAAAUAGAAUCGAUACAAUCCACUUUUUAAGUGACAGUCCUGCAACCCAAUAUAGGAACAAACAGAUGUUCUCUUUCCUUACUAAUCACUUCAUGGAGCAUUUUCCAGAAGUUAAAAAUGUUUCAUGGAAUUACCACGAAACAGGUCACGGCAAGGGAGCUCCUGAUGGCAUUGGUGGCGUUUGUAAGAGAACUGCAGAUCGAGUUGUGGCACAAGGGAAAGACAUUUCUAGUUUUGAGUCUCUCGUUAAUGUUUUAAAAGAAUGCUGUCCUGGUAUAUCUUUUUAUAUAAUUAAUUCUAAAGAUAUAGACACGUUUGCAUCUAUUAUCAGUAAACAAAAUCUGUUAGCUUUUAAAGGCACUCUAAAAGUGCAUCAGGUUAUACCUGUACAAAAAAAGCUUUGGUUAAGAAGUCUUUCUUGUUUCACAUGUACAGAUUUCUGUAAGCACUACAAUCUAGGAUCCAUCUCUUAUGAAGAUGUAUCCCCUUCUUCAAAGACACAUGAAUGCUCUGAUGAAGAUUUGCCCCUUAGUACUUUAUUAAAAAACGAUUCUAAAUUAAAAUUUAGUGAUGUUUAUAGUGAUGAUGAAGUACCAACUUGUUCUUAUUUCAGUUCCGGAGCAAAAACUGGAAAAUAUGUAUUAGUGUCUCUGAAAAGUGUUAAUAAAAAACUUGCUAUAAAUUAUAGAUAUGUAGCUGUGUGUCAAUCAGAUUUUCAAGAUGAUGAAAUUAAAGUUGCUUUCUUGAGACUCUCUGAUUGUGUAAAUGGAGAUACAUUUAAGAUUGGAGAAGAAAAUGACGUAUCUUAUGUUCAAGAAGAACAGAUACUUGAAAUUCUUCCGGAACCAAAAUUAAUAAUAAAGGGACACAGAAUAUAUUACAAAUUUCCGCGUUCAAUUGAUGUAUUUGAAAGUGCAUAA